UUUCACUUCAGAGAAUACAGAUAUAGCAAAUACCAUGCACCAUCACCAGAAUCUCGGAGACGCAGGUGCCUUGAAUGGGAUGAUUCCGCCAUACGAAGCCAUGGCCAUGUACGAGCAGCCCAAACCUCGAUUCAUCUUCAAGAUGCCUCGAGUGGUUCCCGACCAGAGAUCAAAGUUCGAGAGCGACGAGCUCUUCCGCCGGCUUAGCCGGGAGAGCGAGGUGCGCUACACGGGCUACAGGGAACGAGCGGCGGAGGAGCGCCGGAUGAGGUUCAUCAACGACUGCCGCAAGGGCUAUGCGGAGAUCUCGAUGGUGGCCUCCGGCACUAACCUGCAGCUCUACUUCAACGCCAACCACAAUCCCUAUGCCCAGGAGCAGGAGUGCGACUUCGAGCGAGAGCGCGGAAAAGUGCAUCUGCGUUCCAACUUCAUCAUGAACGGGGUGUGUGUCCGGUUCCGGGGCUGGGUAGAUCUGGAUCGAUUGGAUGGCGUGGCCAGUCUGGAGUUCGACGAGCAACGAGCCCAGCAGGAGGACGCCCAACUACAGGAGCAGAUCCAGAGCUACAACCAACGCAUGGCUGAGUCCAAGAGAAUUUACCACACGCCCCAGACUCCACCAGAGGAACACCAUCGCAGAGGUGGACCUGGUCUGCCCGGAGGACCAAUGGGCUGGUAGUGGAAGACAC